AUGCCCUUGAAGUUCCCUCUCGGUGUACGUUUCAUCAGUCAUUCUCUUCCGUGUGCUCGUCUCGCUUCCAUGAAUUCCGGCGCACUAAUCUACUCCUUCCGCUCCGUCCCUGUUCUCUCAAAGGCCUUUCCUUUCAGGUUAAAGUCCCUUGCAAUGGCCUCCCGUGUCAAUUUCUCCACCAGAGCAGAGAGCAGCCGACCCGAUUUCGGGAGGCGGAGUCGAGAUGGAGGAGAGAUUCGCGCGUCCAAGAGCUUGAUUGAGGAUGAAGCAGAGCUCAGUGACUGGGUCAGCGAUUUGCGGACUAGUUCGCUGCGUGGGAAGUUCACGAGCGACGAAGAUGACUCGGGUCAAGACAGGGACAACAACAGAGGUCCUCCAAAGAGAGGAAGGGAAGGUGAUAGGUUCGGUGGUCCGAGAAGGGGAAAGGAGGGGGAGGUUGAUAGGUUUAGGGGUGCGAACAGGGAGAGAACCAGAGUCGAGCCGGCUGGGUCGUUUAGGAACAAGCGGCCAGGUGAUCGACAAGGUGUAGGUAAUGGUCGGGUUCAAGGAAAGAGUAGUGAGUCGUCUCUUCGUGGAAGGAAUGAGAGAAAUGUAGAUUCAGGGCUUAGGAGAGAGCGAGGUUUGGGAAACAACAAGGUCUUGGGGAAACAGAUUAGAGGUUCAAGGCAGGAAGAGGAAGAGAGUAGUGACGAGGAUGAGAAGAGGCAAGUGUUGGGAAGCAUUGAUGAUUUGCUUAGCGAAGAUAGUAGUGAUGAGGAUGAUGAAGAUGAUGUACCUCUUAUUAGGAAAGCGGCUCCUGCUAAGGCUGUGGAGGCUGAUAAGCCAGGGACUGGAAAUGCUAAAACUUCAGAUUCUUACUUAUCUAAGACAAGAUUUGAUCAAUUCCCAUUGUCUCCCUUAUCGCUGAAAGCAAUCAAGGAUGCUGGAUUUGAGACAAUGACUGUUGUGCAGGAGGCUACUCUUCCUAUCAUUCUCAAAGGUAAAGAUGUGCUAGCCAAGGCCAAGACCGGCACUGGGAAAACCGUUGCAUUUUUGCUUCCAUCGAUUGAAGCUGUUCUCAACUCUCCUCCUGCAAGCCGGGAUAAUAGGAAUCCCCCAAUUAACGUGCUUGUGGUAUGCCCUACUCGGGAACUGGCUAGUCAAGCUGCUGCAGAAGCUCAUACCUUGCUGAAGUAUCACCCCUCUAUUGGUGUUCAAGUUGUGAUUGGAGGCACGAAGCUUCCUACUGAGCAAAGGCGUAUGCAAACAAAUCCUUGCCAGAUCCUUGUGGCUACACCCGGAAGGCUCAAAGACCAUAUUGAGAAUACUUCUGGAUUUGCAACGAGGUUGAUGGGUGUGAAAGUCCUUGUGCUUGAUGAAGCUGAUCAUCUGUUGGACAUGGGUUUCCGAAGGGACAUUGAGAGGAUAAUCGCCGCCGUUCCUAAGCAGAGGCAAACAUUUUUGUUUUCUGCCACGGUACCUGAAGAGGUCCGCCAAAUAUGCCAUAUUGCUCUGAAACGGGAUCAUGAGUUCAUCAAUUGUGUUCAAGAGGGUUCUGGGGAGACGCAUUCAAAGGUCAACCAAAUGUACAUGAUUGCAUCUCUGGAUAGACAUUUCUCGCUUCUAUACGUGCUUCUUAAAGAACACAUGGCGGAUAAUGUGGACUACAAGGUUAUUAUUUUCUGUACAACUGCUAUGGUCACAAGAUUGGUGGCUGAUUUACUUGGUCAGCUAAGCAUGAACGUGAGAGAGAUCCAUUCAAGGAAACCGCAGGGAUACAGAACCAGAGUUUCUGAUGAGUUCCGCAAGUCCAAGGGUAUCAUCCUCGUAACAUCCGAUGUAUCUGCUCGUGGUGUCGAUUACCCUGAUGUGUCACUAGUCGUACAGAUGGGAUUGCCCUCAGAUAGAGAACAAUAUAUACAUAGACUUGGUAGAACCGGGAGGAAAGGUAAGGAAGGAGAAGGUGUACUAAUGUUGGCACCAUGGGAAGAGUAUUUUCUAUCUUCUGUCAAAGACUUGCCCAUCAACAAGACUUCUUUACCGCCAAUAGACCCUGAGGCUGUGAAAAAGGUGCAGAGAGGGCUUAGCCAAGUGGAAAUGAAGAACAAGGAGGCGGCUUAUCAAGCGUGGUUAGGCUACUACAAAUCCCAGAAGAUGAUCGCAAGAGACACGACAAGACUGGUGGAGUUAGCCAAUGAGUUUAGCCGCAGCAUGGGACUUGACGUCCCACCAUCUAUCCCCAAAAAUGUUCUUGGCAAGAUGGGUCUCAAAAACGUUCCUGGUCUUAGAACCAAGUAG